AUUCAUGAAUUAAGAUUUUAAGUAUAAAUACUCGCUGAAAUCGAAUGUUAGACAGAAUACAUUGCAAAUACUUAGAGUACGAGUUAAAAGAAACAAAUAGGCUAAACGCUAAUAUUUAGCAGACGAAUUAUUUUAUUACGCUUAUAAUCAAGAAGAAGUUAAUAAGAAACUACACUUUAACAAAGAUUACCGCAUAGAAGAAUUAAACAAGAAAUAUGACAUCAAAAGCUAUUGGCAUCGAUUUGGGAACAACUUAUUCCUGUGUCGGAGUUUUCCAACAUGGCAAAGUUGAGAUCAUUGCCAACGACCAAGGAAACAGAACGACACCAAGUUAUGUGGCGUUUACAGAUUCUGAGCGAUUGAUCGGAGACGCAGCGAAGAACCAAGUAGCAUUGAAUCCAGAAAACACCAUAUUCGAUGCAAAACGUCUGAUUGGAAGAAAAUACACCGAUGAUACGGUCCAGAAGGACAUGAAACACUGGCCGUUUACAGUGAUCAAUGAUGGCGGCAAACCGAAAUUCCAAGUGGACUACAAAAAUGAAAAGAAAGUAUUUCCACCGGAAGAAAUUAGCUCCAUGGUUUUAACGAAAAUGAAGGAGACAGCUGAAGCGUAUUUAGGUCAGAAGGUAAAGGACGCAGUCAUCACAGUCCCAGCUUAUUUCAACGAUUCACAAAGAUUGGCCACAAAAGACGCUGGGACUAUUGCUGGAUUAAACGUUCUGAGAAUCAUCAAUGAACCAACAGCCGCUGCCCUGGCUUAUGGAUUGGACAAAAAUCUUUCUGGUGAGAAAAACGUUUUGAUUUUCGAUUUGGGAGGAGGAACCUUUGAUGUCUCUAUCCUGACGAUUGACGAAGGUUCCUUGUUCGAGGUGAAAUCUACUGCUGGAGACACCCAUCUCGGAGGAGAAGAUUUCGAUCAAAGAAUGGUGGAACAUUUCAUUCAAGAAUUCAAGAGAAAGUUCAAGAAAGACAUGUCUAAAAAUGCCAGAGCUAUUAGAAGAUUAAGAAGUAGCUGUGAACGCGCCAAGAGAACUCUAUCCAGCAGUGCCGAAGCCAGUAUUGAGAUCGACUCGUUAUUUGAAGGAACUGAUUUCUACACCAAAAUAUCCAGAGCCAGAUUCGAAGACUUGUGUUCAGAUUUGUUCAGAAGUACUAUGGAUCCUGUAGAAAAAGCUCUGAAAGAUGCCAAAAUGGACAAGAAACAGAUCAAUGAAAUCGUUUUAGUCGGAGGAUCAACAAGAAUUCCAAAGAUCCAGAAACUGCUGCAGGAGUUCAUGAAUGGUAGAGAGCUGAAUAAAUCCAUCAACCCGGAUGAAGCUGUUGCUUAUGGAGCAGCUGUUCAAGCCGCUAUCUUGAGUGGAGACAAGAGUGAAACCAUCAAAGAUGUACUAUUGGUAGAUGUAGCACCAUUGUCUCUUGGUAUAGAAACAGCCGGCGGAGUUAUGACCAAAUUAAUUGAACGUAACAGCAGAAUCCCUGCCAAAGCGUCGAAUACAUUUACCACCUAUUCCGACAACCAGCCAGCAGUUUCUAUUCAAGUAUAUGAAGGUGAGCGUGCGAUGACCAAGGACAAUAAUCUAAUGGGUCGAUUUGAACUGAUGGGAAUUCCCCCUGCACCAAGAGGAGUUCCCCAGAUUGAGGUCACCUUCAACAUUGAUGCUAAUGGUAUAUUGAAUGUAUCUGCUGAAGACAAGAGCACUGGUAAAUCCAAUCAAAUCACCAUUACCAAUCAUAGAGGCCGUCUGAGUCAGGCUGAAAUUGAUCGUCUGGUUCAAGAAGCAGAGAAAUUCAAAGAUGAGGACAACAAACAGAAAGAAAAGAUGUCUGCUAGAAACCAGCUGGAAUCGUACAUUUAUAGUGUUAAACAGACUAUCGAUGGUGUAGGUGAAAAGUUGGCCUCUGAAGACAAAGAAACGGCGAAGAAAGCCUGUGACGAAGGACUAAAUUGGUUAGAGGGAAAUGCUUUGGCCGACAAGGAUGAAUACGAGUACAAGAUGCAAGAAAUUCAGAAGGUCUGUUCACCUAUUAUGACCAAAAUGCAUCAAGCUGGUAGUGGACAACCGCAAGCUGGCGGACAACCAUCAGCCAGAAGUGGUGGAUCUGGACCGACCGUAGAAGAAGUUGAUUAAAUUUUGAUGAUGGGAGAAUGAUUCAAACAAAUGGAGUGAUUUGAUAGUGCGAAUGAUAUAAUUUAAUGCAAACAUGAAAAAAUGGGAAAUAUGUGAUUUAAACCCUUUAAAGAUUGGAGACAAAAGAAAUCCGACCGAGAUUAAGCGUAAAUAUUUAUAUUUAUGUACAUCAGGAAAUUUAUAUUUAUUUUUGUAACAAUGUUCGUUUUUGUUAUUCAUAAAUAAAAUUUAUGAAAUAUAGUUAUUUUGUUUUGAAUUUACAACAUGUUGUCUAUUGUUUUAGAGAAUGAGUUCUCCUCUGAUGACGCGCGUCAGCUUCAUCCUGUGUCUGUGCAAGAGUAGGUCUUCUGCCAACUAGGUCUUUUGCCAACUGCAAAUUGCACAUCUGAAGUGAAAUCUAUCAGAAAACAUUAAAAGCUGACAACUUUUUAAAAAGAGUUCCAGAGUUGACGUCGGCAAUUACCUACUGUGUUUUAGAGGGGCGGGCUUAACCUGAAAAGCUAUAGCGAAAACUCUCACGGUAGUUGUAGAAGGAAGAACUUGAAAACAAAGAACUUGC